AUGAAAAAUACAUUCAAGCCUCUGACCCCUGAAAAACGUGGAUAUUUAUGUCCUUCCGUUAAAUUCAGCCGUUUGCACUGGACGGAAAAGAAUGAGUUGGCAGAGUCUCUCUCUCUUCUCACCCUCCUUCCACCCACCGUUCGUCCGCGACAACCUUCUCGGCGACCCACUGCCGCCGCGCCGCCGCCUCUCUACCGGCGCACCACCGUCGCUACUAGGACCCAACCAUCAUUUCUUCUCUCUCUCAUUACCACCCCUGUGCUUCCCAGCCAUCACAUACAAGGGUAUCCAUCAAUUCGUAUCUUCCGUAAAGGAAGUGAUAUCAGAGAUGACCAUGGAGAUCAUGAUCAUGAGUCCUAUUAUGGAGAUCGUGAUACAGAUAGCCUAGUCAAGACAAUGGAGAAGUUAGUGGCUUCUCUCCCUGCAGAAUCUCAGAAGCUAGGUUUGGAGGAUAAAUCCAAUGGUACAGAGUACAGGAGCCGCUGUGCACCUUUAGCUGGGGGAUGUAGAAUUGAAGGAUAUGUGCGUGUCAAAAAGGUUCCAGGAGAUUUGGUUAUAUCAGCUAGAUCUGAUGCCCAUUCUUUCGAUGCUUCUCAAAUGAACAUGUCACAUGUCGUACACCAUCUAUCUUUUGGACGGAAAUUGUCACCUAGGGUUUUGAGUGAUGUGAAGCGCUUGAUACCUUAUGUUGGUAGCAGCCAUGAAAGGUUGAAUGGACCCUUUUUCUUAUAUUGGACAACUACUCUAAUCCUUUUAAUUUAG